AACCUUUCUAAUUGGUUAAGAAAACUUUCCGUUCCCUGAGGGUAACGCUGUGCUGUAGAGGGUUAAAAUAAAAUACUAAAUACUGUGUAGAACAAAAAAUGUAUUUAAAUACAAUACAGUAUUUUGAAAAUACAUGUAAUUUGGCCUUUUACCUGCACACAGAAGGCUGCAGGAGGAGUUUUUUGUGGUUUGCAUGCUGCACUUUUAAUAACAUAGUAAUAACCCUCUUUAUUACUCUAAUGUGUCAAUAACUCCUGCCAAUUAAAAGCUGCAUGAAUAUAUUUGCAUUCAGAGAUAUAUUAAGAAUAUAGAAAAACUUAAAACAAUCGAUUCACAAUUUUAUAUAAUCGCCAUGAUAUAGGCCUAUAUAUAUAUCGUCAUAUCACCCAGUCCUAGCAAGCAGUAACGCUUAAAUACAUUUGACUCGCAAGUUGAAAUAACCAAGCCUGACUGGCUAAUGCUAUUUUUCCCCUUGCUCCUGCUCUUUUAUUCCUUCAUGGUAACUGAAGGCAAAUCUGAAUGAUGUUCCAAUUUCAACUUAAUCAACAAGUAGAAUCGAUGCAUUAAUUAUGCAUUAUUAUAAUUAAUUAUUAAUUAAUGCAGAAAAUUCACUCACCCAAUGGCAGAUUUUCCAAAGGCUUUAAAAUGCAAAUUAGUAUUUUCUAUUUCAAAUAAAUAACAUUACAUGUAUCUGAAAUACCCAUCCCUGCCGCUAGGUGACGCUUUGUUGUGUUCCUUACUACCAGACAGUGACACUUCACUAUCAGUUUACAUAUUUCCAAACAUUCCUUUUGCCAUGAAUUGUAAUAGCAUAAUCAGUGCAAUUUUUUUGUAUAGGCUACACAAGGAGUAAAUUUAGCGAAAUUUAGGGAAGAAACAUACUAGGUCCAUGGGAAGCUCAUAAUUUAGUCUACCACACUACUUCCCAAAACCCAAGACCAAUCUUGAAAAUUUUCAUUCAGAACGUAGAAAUUUAAAUCACCUAAAGUUACAUAUGUCAAGGGCAUUUACACAUAGACAUCAUAAUGUUUAUGCAUUUACAGGUCUGAUGCAGACAACGCAAAUGCACCAUUUGUUCACUAGGGGGCGACAUUGUUCCGUAAAUUAAAUUCAAUAAUGGCUCUGAACCUUCUAACCAACUUGUGCAGUGCAUCUCAAACUAUUGAGGAACAAAGUUUUGGCUGAACUUAUAUGAUUGAACGAUAGCGCCUUUCACUUGAAUGCACAGCAUUUCCACUUAACUUUCACCUAAAUUAUGCAGCACUUUUUAAAAUGACGUUUUGUGACUUUUUAUCACGAAAAGUAUAGCAUUAAUUCACGCAAUGAUUUUGAAUACUUUCAUACAGACAAACUCCCUGGUGACAUGCAGCCUAAUAAAAUUCCUUAAUUAUUCUAUUAAUGAUCCCCUACCAACAAUCUCCUUAUCUCUGCCAGUUUAGCAGUCUAUCUCCUCCCACAUUCUCCUAAAGAGCAGCAGCGCUCCGCCUCUAUUUCUUCCUCCUCUAAAAGCUCACACCCGUCAGCUGUUCACUAUUGAGAGACCUGCACGCGAGAGCUGCUGUGUGACGAUACGAGCAAAUGUAUUUGUGCACCGCAGUCACAAUAAUAGAGCAAAUAGUUUUCUAUGUAACUCAGCAACAAUAUACCAAACGAUAUUUGUAGGCUAGUUUCUUACGUUAAAAGCAUCUGGAUUCAAUUACUCUUCAUUUGUUUAUUUUGUGGUUUAUCCACGCGACAUCGGACGCUGUUACCAGAGCGUGCAGCGUCGCCAGUAUUGUGACUUUGUCCGCGUCGCGUUUUGGCAUGUUCGAGGGCCAAGGCAGACGGAACUGAAGUCUUCAUUGCUCCUGAACAGGAUUCAAUGAAAAUGUCUGUCUGUGUCCACGAGAACCGCAAGUCUCGUGCCAGCACGGGCUCAAUGAACAUCUACCUGUUCCACAAGUCCUCGUACGCAGACAGCGUGCUAAUGCACCUGAAUGCUCUUCGUCAGCAGAGACUCUUCACAGAUGUUCUGCUCCACGCAGGAAACCGCUCUUUCCCAUGCCACAGGGCUGUGCUGGCCGCCUGCAGCCGCUACUUUGAAGCAAUGUUCAGCGGAGGGCUGAGAGAGAGUCAGGACAGUGAAGUGGACUUCAGGGACUCCAUCCAUCCAGAGGUAUUGGAGCUCCUUCUGGACUACGCCUACUCUUCAAGAGUAAUAAUAAAUGAAGAGAAUGCAGAGUCUCUUCUUGAGGCUGGUGACAUGCUGGAGUUUCAGGACAUUCGAGAUGCCUGUGCCGAGUUCCUGGAGAAGAACCUCCACCCAUCCAACUGCCUGGGCAUGCUGAUGCUCUCGGACGCUCAUCAGUGCACCCAGCUGUUCCAGCUGUCCUGGAGCAUGUGUCUCAGUAACUUCCCUGCUAUCUGCAAGACUGAGGAGUUUCUCCAGCUGCCCAAGGACAUGCUGGUCCAACUGCUGGCACACGAAGAGCUCGAAACCGAGGACGAGCGUCUGGUCUACGAGUCAGCUCUCAACUGGGUGAACUAUGACCUUGAGAGGAGGCACUGUCACCUUCCAGAGCUGCUCCGUACCGUGCGUCUGGCUCUCCUGCCUGCCAUCUUCCUUAUGGAGAACGUCUCUACAGAGGAGCUCAUCAUCGCACAGGCUAAAAGCAAAGAGCUGGUAGACGAGGCCAUACGCUGCAAACUGCGCAUCUUGCAAAACGACGGCGUCGUCAACAGUCCUUGCGCCCGGCCCCGCAAGACCAGUCAUGCCCUUUUCUUGUUGGGCGGCCCUACGUUCAUGUGCGACAAGCUCUACCUGGUGGACCAAAAGGCCAAAGAGAUCAUUCCAAAGGCGGACAUCCCCAGCCCAAGAAAGGAGUUCAGCGCCUGUGCCAUUGGCUGCAAAGUGUACGUGACGGGUGGCCGGGGCUCAGAGAACGGCGUGUCUAAAGACGUUUGGGUGUACGAUACAUUACACGAGGAAUGGUCCAAAGCGGCUCCGAUGCUGAUAGCACGUUUCGGUCACGGUUCUGCUGAGUUACGCCACUGCCUGUAUGUCGUCGGAGGUCACACAGCUGCCACUGGCUGUCUGCCUGCAUCACCAUCUGUAUCCUUGAAGCAGGUAGAGCAGUUUGACCCAGUUGCUAACAAGUGGAGCAUGGUGGCUCCACUGCGAGAAGGAGUUAGUAAUGCAGCUGUCGUCAGCGUAAAGCUUAAGUUGUUCGCCUUCGGAGGGACGAGUGUGGCCCACGACAAGCUGCCCAAAGUUCAGUGCUACGAUCCCUCAGAAAAUCGCUGGACGGUCCCGGCGUCCUGCCCCCAGCCGUGGCGCUACACUGCAGCUGCUGUUCUCGGCAACCAGAUCUUUGUAAUGGGGGGCGACACCGAAUUCUCCGCUUGCUCUGCCUACAAAUUCAGCAGUGAGACUUAUCAGUGGACUAAAGUUGGAGAUGUUACAGCGAAACGAAUGAGCUGCCAGGCGGUGGCCUCCGGAAACAAACUUUAUGUGGUGGGUGGCUACUUUGGUACGCAGCGCUGUAAAACCCUAGACUGCUAUGACCCCACGCUCGAUGCCUGGAACAGCAUCACUACCGUACCUUAUUCCUUAAUCCCCACCGCCUUUGUCAGCACCUGGAAACACCUCCCAGCCUGAAGCAUGCCUGUACUCCCUUGUGUGACCCUACUGUUCCUAUGAGAGUUCCUUGUGUCCAUUUGUCGUUAUUGUCUACUGGAUUCCAACUGUGAAGAAACGCUAUAACCCUCCAGUGCAAUUUUACAAAGAGACUUUCUCCCAUAAGAGCUAAGUAUUGUGUACGAAGUCCAGUCGCAAAGCUUUUUCUGCUGCAAGUCGCCAAAAUCCUGCUUGGAGUACGUUGUGAUGUCAUAUCCUACAUUUUGUGAAGUAUCAGAACGUGGGCUUCAUAGUGAAAACCAAAAGAACUGUGAUGCAUCCUGAAAGCCCAGUCUGCUUCCAACAUAACCAGCAUAAUCAUCACUUUUGUCCCCCCCCCCCCACACACACACACAUUUGUGGACUCUGACCAUUUUUUUUUUUUUUUUUUUUUUUUUUUGUACAAUGCUGAUGCCAUGCAAGCUAAAAUAGACCCGUAUGCCUGUCUUAAUUUCUAUACUGCAUGAAGGAUGAAUGGAAGCUUUUGAUUGGGAGACAACAGGAGUCUCAACGCAUGAUUGAAGAUCUUAAGAUACUUAAGGAAAAGUACCUCACAUCCUGAUAUGUAUCUAUCUACCCUUUCUUCUCCCAUGGUGAUGUUAAAAAAUAGACCUUGCUCAAAAGGAGAGAGGCUGAGGUGGGCUCUUAAUGGACUGAUAAACGUCUUAUUUUGCUGGUUUAAAGAAUAAAAAGGACCGAAGGAAA